AUGUCAAUCAUUUUCAAUAAUCUCUCUCGCUAUAAUUUUUUUAUUCGAAGGAUGACGUCAUUGGCAGGUUCAGUAUCAAAAAAUGUUGCAGGAUUUCUUGACUUUAUUAAUAAAAGUCCAACAGCAUUUCAUUGUGUUGAUAAUGUUAAAACGACAUUGACAUCGGUAGGUUUUAAAGAACUACGGGAACAUGAACAAUGGAAUAUUGAACCUUUGGGAAAAUAUUUUGUUAUUAAAGAUGAUUCAUGUGUUGGAGCGUUUGCUGUGGGUGGAAAAUAUAAAAAUGGAAAUGGCUUUGCUUUAACAGCAGCACAUACUGAUUCACCACACCUUCGGGUAAAACCUGUAUCGAAACGAGAAGAAAGUAAUUAUUUACAAGUCAAUGUAGAAUGUUAUGGUGGUGGUAUUUGGCAUACAUGGUUUGAUCGGGAUUUAACAUUGGCUGGACGAGUUUUUUUUCGAAAACCAAAUGGUAAAAUUAGUCGACAUUUUGUACAUGUAAAGCGACCUAUCCUUCGUAUACCAACCAUUGCUAUUCAUCUUAAACGUGAUACUAAUGAAAAAUUAGAGAUCAAUAAACAGGAUCAUUUACAAGCUGUAUUGGCAUUAAAGAUUGAAGAAGAACUCAAUAAAUCAACAAAGGAAAAGGAUACAGCAUCGGAUGGGAAUAAAAAAUUAAAUGAUGAAUCAAAAAAACAUCAUAGUCAACUAUUACAAUUACUUGCUAGCGAAUGUAAUUGCCAAACCGAUGACAUCAUUACUUUUGAUUUAAUGCUUGCCGAUACUCAACCAUCAUGUGUUGGAGGUCUUAACAAUGAAUUUAUUUAUUCAGGACGGCUUGACAAUCAAAUGAGUUCAUACUGUGCCAUUCAAGGCCUUAUCAAUUCAUUGGAUACUCUUCCAGAUGAAACAUUCAUUCGAGGAGUUUUAUUAUAUGACAAUGAAGAAACCGGCUCUGAAAGUGCUCAGGGUGCAAUGAGCGAAUUUACUCAACAUACAUUACGUCGAAUGACACGUGAUGACUAUGAACGUUCCGUUUCUAAUUCAUUCCUGGUUUCAGCUGAUAUGGCUCAUGGUGUUCAUCCAAAUUACAGUUCACUUCAUGAUCGUGAUCAUCGACCAUCCUUAUUAAAUGGCGGAGUUGUUGUUAAAACCAAUUGUUGUAAUCGCUAUGCGACAACUGCAUUUACUGCAACGUUACUUAAAGAAAUUGCUCGAUUGAGUAAUGUUCCAUUGCAGGAGUUCUCUAUGAGAAACGACAUGCCAUGCGGAACAACUGUUGGUCCAAUAUUAUCUGCUCGUCUAGGAAUGUCUACAGUUGAUAUUGGUGCACCACAAUUAUCAAUGCAUUCGAUUCGCGAAAUGACAUCAACACAAGCUUUAGAACACUAUAUUGAGUUUUUCAAUGGAUUUUACAAAAAUUUCAAACAAGUCUACGAGUCAAUCGAACACUAA